AUGCUAUUCAAAGAGACUAUUCGUGAAGGUAAGGACAAGCAAAAGAAGAAAGCCGUAAACAAAUUGAAUCUAGAGGUUUAUCGCGGUCAAGUGACAGCUCUACUUGGUCACAAUGGCGCUGGUAAAAGCACCACGUUCUCUAUGCUNACAGUGACGAAACCGACAUCUGGAACUGCGUACAUCAACGACUAUGAUAUUUGCAAAGCUCUACCGAAAAUCCGUUCAUAUCUGGGAAUAUGCCCACAAUACAACAUUCUGUUUGGAACACUGACCGUGCUCGAGCAUCUCGAAUUCUUUUGCAAGGUGCAGUCGGUAUAUUCGCUGUCGAAACGUUGUCGUAUCACGAAGUUUCAGUUGUUGAGAGCUGAUUUGAUGCUACUUAGCUGUGCUGCAACCACUGUGAAGGAUCCAUUCAAUGGUGUUGAAGUUCUUCAGUAG